AUGUCCGUCAGCUCCGCCUUGCAGUCGCUGCGGCUCACAGCAGCGAGGCCGGUCGCAUCUGCUCAGCGUCACGUAUCCGCUGCAGCAUCACUGCCGGCAAGAGCAAGCUCUAACAGCAUCGUUCAAGCUAGUAGGCCGGUGCGGACAUCCAGAAGCGAUGGGAAUGCCAUAUCUCGACCACAUGCACCACACGGACAUCUGGACCAGGGAGCUGCAGGGCCAUCUCGUUGCUUCUGUACAUCCCAUCAUCGACAAAAGGCGUCCGAGCUUCCACUGGAAGAGCUGCAUUAUCAAAGCUCUCUCGACAGCUAUCGGCAUGAACAGCUCUCCGACGCUUCCGACUACUGGCAGCCAACCGACGCUUCCGCCUCGCUCGUCCCGGCUAGGAGAUCAGCGCGCCGUACCGACCCUCACAGCCUGCAGACAGCACCGUCAAUACAGCAACUCUUUCCAGAAGAUUCUUCCUACGACCACUUUUUCACCCCUUCUGUGCAACAAAUCCCGCCCUCAAUAGGUGCCACUACUGCGCCUGAACCCAUCAAACAGGACAUCGUCGCCCCGACUUCGUACAUCGACUCGCUUGGACCUCACCGGAGACAAGAGCUUGAUGACCGCGUUUCUCUACUCAUCCGAUCUGGCGAGCGCUCGCUACCAGCCCUGUGUGCCGUCUAUGGUGAAAUCGAUCAACUGCAAAGGGAACACCUUUGCUGCUACAUUUUGUCGCAAUGCGUCAAGCGGUCCCAAGAUGCGUUUACAGUAUUGGACCUCUACCGCUCAUGGACGGCCGUAUCCUUUUCCGACAUUACCGAUCCGGGACGGACACGUUCCAUGCUUCGCAGCAUGUGGGGCGACAGCCUCUAUCGAUGCGCUACCUACCUGCAAGCAGCUGGACUCACUCGACAUGCGGCAGCAAUUGCCGCAGAUGUUCGCAUGAAGCCAUCGCAAUCCCGAUACCUCUUAGAGCGACUCGUCUACGAUCUCAAGCUGCCACAGUCACUGGGCAUGACGCCUGGUCACACUCCCGAAGCAAUAUCGACUCCGUCCUUGGCAACACCGGCAAUUCCCGCUUCAAAUACGAAGACCCUGUUCGCAGAAGCAGACGCUCGCCUCGCCGUUCGCGGAAUGUGCGAUGCGAUGAUCAAUCUCAUGGCAGACGGCGUCGCUUUCAAGCGCAAGACGGUCAACCGAAUGUUCAAAUUGCUCUGUUUGACACGAGCGAGGAGUCGCGUGAUUCGUACCAUACGGGCUGCACAGCGUCGUGCGCAGAUCGACGCUUUAGGGCUCGAAGCGAAGAGAGGCGAGAUGCGAGCUGCUGGAGGCUUUUCGCGUCUGCGGGCAGAGCAAGGUAAGCCACCGCAAGUGGUGUCGACCAAGGUCAUGGAGGACGCCAUUCGGAUGCUUUGCGCACAGGAUGCGAGCGGUGCGAGAACGGCGUACGAAGUGCUCGGCGUUCUUGAUCCGUUGCAAAGGACACCGGUCAUGUACGAUGCGCUGAUGACGGUGCACGGCAGUGCAUCAGCCACACUUGACGCACCUGUCGAACGAGUCCGAGGUGAAGUAGCGGCAAGUCAUGGCUACAAGACUGUCGAUGAACAGCUUUGGUCCGACAUCUGCACGCUCCCACACCUGGGCGGACCGACACUGCGAACCAUCUCAGCACGCAUUGUUUGUCACACUCGCAAACGCAGCCUCGAUCUGAUCAGAUCGGACCUCGCCUUGAUUCGAGCCCGCAACAUGGGCAGCAUCCACGACUUGAGCGAGAAUGCCAAGCUCGGCGUCGUUCGCUGCUGCAUCGAAAGCGGUGCUCUGCUCGCUGGCUUCCGAUACGCAUCGACCUUGCUCUCUCCCGCGGUGGCAGCCGGCGACGAAGGGUUCCAGACCAAAGUGAUCGCAACGCUGCUCCGUGGUGCACAGCACAUCCACCUCGCCGCGCCGCCAUCAACCUCCGACGCACCCCGAUCGUCGCCUUCUCGUGCAAAACUGCUCAAACGCUUCCUCGCACACCUCUCACGCCUUCACCGGACGUUUCCGCAGCUUCAACCGGACAUCCACACGCUCAGCUUGUUGAUCCAGCUGCUGGAUAGGCAUCAGGCGUGGAUCGAGACAUCGACGUUGUGGAACAUGCUGCGCUUGGUAGGUGGACAUUUCAAGCAGGAGGAUCGACGGUUGGUGCAGGUGUUGGAAGCAUUUGUCGAGGUGUUUGAGGGUAGGGACGAACGACAUUCUGCUUCGGAGUUGAAGGGUCUGAUUGACAAACUGCGAUGUUCGCAACCUAGUGCCUAA